GGCUCUGCGCUGGAGAGACAGCUCUCCCGUCUCCUGCAGCCUGUCACGGGCAGUUUCUUAGGAGGGCAAAGCUUGGGGGAAAAGAUUUUCUUGCAAGCCAGGAUGAUGCGACUACUUUCCCGGGGGCACCAGCUCCUGGGCAUCAGCACCAUCAGAACUUAAUAUGUCUUUGAAGAAUGAACCCCGAGUAAACACCUCUGCACUGCAGAAGAUUGCUGCCGACAUGAGCAACAUCAUAGAAAACCUGGACACCAGGGACCUCCAUUUUGAUGGAGAGGAAGUGGAUUUUGAUUUGUCCCCGGAGGAUUCCAAGCCUGUGCGCAUCCCCUUCUCUAUCAUCUACCACACUCAAGGAUUUAAGGAGCCCAACAUAACAACCUAUCUCACUGGGUGUCCUGUCAAAGCCCAAGUGCUGGAAGUGGAGCGCUUCACCUCUACAACAAGGGUGCCAAGUGUUAAUCUUUACACUAUUGAAUUAACCCAUGGUGAAUUUACAUGGCAAGUCAAAAGGAAAUUCAAGCAUUUUCAAGAGUUUCAUAGAGAACUACUGAAGUACAAAGCUUUUAUUCGAAUCCCAAUUCCCACCAAAAGGCACACAUUUCGAAGACAAAAUGUCAAAGGAGAAGAACCAAGAGCGAUGCCAAGCUUACCUCGGACAUCAGAAAAUAUGGUCAGAGAGGAGCAGUUCUCCAGCAGAAGGAAACAACUGGAAGAUUACUUGACAAAGCUAUUAAAAAUGCCCAUGUAUAGAAACUAUCAUGCCACGACUGAGUUCCUUGACGUGAGUCAGCUGUCCUUCAUCCAUGAUUUGGGACCAAAAGGCAUAGAGGGCAUGAUAAUGAAAAGAUCUGGCGGACAUCGAAUACCAGGUCUGAAUUGCUGUGGCCACGGAAGAGCUUGCUAUCGAUGGUCCAAGAGGUGGUUAAUAGUGAAAGAUUCCUUCUUACUCUACAUGAAGCCCGACAGUGGAGCCAUUGCUUUUGUCCUUUUGGUAGACAAAGAAUUCAGCAUUAAGAUAGGGAAGAAGGAAACUGAAACAAAAUAUGGGCUCCGGAUUGAUAAUCUUUCAAGGACACUGAUUUUGAAAUGUAACAGCUACAGGCACGCACGGUGGUGGGGCGGGGCCAUUGAAGAAUUUAUCCAGAAACAUGGUGCCAACUUCCUCAAAGAGCACAGGUUUGGAUCUUAUGCUGCGAUUCAGGAGAAUACCUUGGCCAAAUGGUAUGUUAAUGCAAAAGGGUAUUUUGAAGACAUAGCAAAUGCAAUGGAAGAAGCUAAAGAAGAGAUUUUCAUCACGGAUUGGUGGUUGAGUCCAGAAAUCUUCCUGAAACGCCCAGUGGUAGAAGGAAAUCGUUGGAGACUAGACUAUAUUCUCAAACGGAAAGCACAACAAGGGGUGAGGAUAUUCGUGAUGCUCUACAAAGAGGUUGAACUAGCCCUUGGCAUCAACAGCGAAUACAGCAAGAGGACUUUAAUGCGCCUGCACCCCAACAUAAAGGUGAUGAGACACCCAGACCAUGUUUCUUCCACUGUGUAUUUGUGGGCUCAUCAUGAGAAACUUGUUAUUAUAGACCAGUCAAUUGCAUUUAUUGGUGGAAUAGACUUGGCCUAUGGAAGAUGGGAUGACAAUGAACACAGACUGACUGAUGUGGGCAGCGUCAAACGAGUCACUGUGGGACAGUCAACGUUUUCCCUCACAGGGGAGAUGGGAGAAUCCAGUGAAGCCUUAAACCUCAAAGGGAAUAAAGAACUUAAAACCAAUCUCCCAUUCCCAAAAAGCACUGAUGAUUCUGACUCUAGAAUGAAAGGUGUGGGGAAAGCAAGGAAAUUCUCCAAAUUCAGCCUUUACCGGCAGCUAUACCGGAACAACCUGGAAAAUGCCGAUAGCCUCAGCAGCCUUGAUAGUGCCUCAAGUUAUUUUAAUCACUGUAGAAGUCGCCAGCAUUUAAUUCGAGGGUUAAAGCCCCACUUCAAAUUCUUGCAUCAUUCCAGCGAGUCGGAACAAAGACUCGCAGACUCUGGAGGUGACAUGGGGUCCAUCCGUAGUUUGCAGACAGGUGUUGGAGAGCUCCAUGGAGAAACUCGAUUCUGGCAUGGAAAGGACUAUUGUAAUUUUGUCUUCAAAGAUUGGGUUCAGCUGGAUAAACCCUUUGCUGAUUUCAUUGACAGGUAUUCCAUGCCGCGAAUGCCAUGGCAUGACAUUGGCUCUGUCGUCCAUGGGAAGGCUGCAAGGGAUGUUGCCCGUCAUUUCAUCCAGCGAUGGAACUUCACAAAGAUUAUGAAGUCAAAAUAUCGAUCCCUUUCUUACCCAUUCCUGUUGCCCAAAUCUCAAGCUACAGCCCAUGAGUUGCGAUAUCAGGUGCCUGAGUCUGUGCAUGCCACAGUGCAGCUACUCCGUUCUGCUGCAGAUUGGUCAGCCGGCAUAAAAUACCAUGAAGAAUCCAUCCAUGCUGCAUAUACGCAUGUGAUAGAGAACAGCAAACAUUACAUAUACAUAGAAAACCAGUUCUUUAUUAGUUGUGCUGAUGACAAAGUUGUCUUCAACAAGAUUGGUGACACCAUUGCACAGCGGAUACUCAAAGCUCAUAGAGAGGGCCAGAGGUACCGAGUGUAUGUGGUGAUCCCACUCCUGCCUGGGUUUGAAGGAGACAUUUCAACAGGGGGUGGAAAUGCACUCCAGGCCAUCAUGCAUUUCAACUACAGAACCAUGUGCAGGGGAGAAAAUUCCAUCAUUGGACAAUUAAAAGCUGAGAUUGGCAAUCAGUGGAUAAAUUACAUAUCAUUCUGUGGACUUCGAACACAUGCGGAACUGGAAGGAAACCUUGUCACGGAGCUGAUUUAUGUCCACAGCAAGUUGCUCAUAGCAGAUGAUAACACUGUCAUUAUUGGAUCUGCAAAUAUAAAUGACAGGAGCAUGCUGGGAAAGCGUGAUAGUGAAAUGGCGGUCAUUGUGCAGGACACUGAGACUGUCCCCUCUGUGAUGAAUGGAGAAAACUACCAGGCAGGGAAAUUUGCCCAAGGAUUGCGGCUGCAAUGCUUCAGGGUGGUCCUUGGCUAUCUUUCAGAGCCAACUUCAGAGAUUCUAGAUCCUGUGAGUGAUAAAUUCUUCAAGGAAGUUUGGAUUUCAACGGCGGCCCGGAAUGCUACCAUAUAUGACAAGGUAUUCCGAUGCCUUCCCAACGAUGAGGUGCACAAUCUCCUACAGCUCCGGGAGUUCAUUACCAAGCCGAUAUUAGCGAAGGAGGAACCUGGUCGAGCAGAGGAAGAAUUAAGAAAGAUUCGUGGGUUCCUCGUACAAUUCCCUUUUUAUUUCUUGUCUGAAGAAAACUUGCUGCCUUCUGUGGGAACAAAAGAAUCCAUAGUGCCCAUGGAGGUCUGGACUUAGGAGGAUAGAGGAUGUCUUCCCUGGUCCCCAAUUUUGCACACAGGGCCAGGCUCUCCCCACCGAAGAGAUCUCUGCCAACCUACCCGGUGCUUUUAAAGAAUGCACCAGGUAUUUAGAUCUUCCAGACAGAAAGAGGCACAACUAGAGUUAUGAAGACACUGAAAGUUAGAACCAGACAAUGUCUUAGAUAACGUGCAUGUUCGACACAGAACACUGACUUGAUUGGUGAUGUGACAUUUGAUUGUGUGAAUCCCACAAGAGGGAGUAAAUAAUCCUAAGUGGGAACACGGAAGUUGUGCCUACAAAUGUGCAGGGUGGCCGGAAGGGCCUUGGACCCGCUUCCCCUUCUGUGACUGCUUGAGCUGUUCAGGUCCCAUAGGUCAUCAAGGUGCAGCUUUAGAUAUGAUCUGCACCCGAAGACAAGAUUGCUUGAUGCUGCUGACAGCCCACAAGUGGUCCUUGGCCAUCCAUUCCCAAAGUAACAUUGCUCACCCAGCAAGAGGAUUAGCAAUCAUCCCACUUGGUUAAGUCUUGUUGGCCCUUUCUCCUUUCCAAGGAAUGAAAGGGCAGAGCUGACUUUAUCUCUUGUUGCAAUCCCACAUUAGGUGCUGCCUUUUCCCCAACCCUCAAGCCUUGUUGUUUUGUCUGACCUCACUCCAGUAAGAGAGGAAUAGAAGCUGUAAAUAGAAAAAUUUAGGUUUCAUAUCAGGAAAAAUGUCCUAACAAUGAGAGCUGUCUAGUUGUGGAAUAAAUGGGCCAUCUAGAGAAAUGGUGGGUCCUCCUCCUUGGAUGUCUCCAAGCCGAGGCUGGAGGAACACUUGUUGAAUAUGUUAGAGUAGGGAUCCCUUUGGUGUAUGGGCUGGCUGGCUGGCCCAAGAGGACCCUAUCCAACUCCAAAAUUCUGAGAAUAGAUUUCUACAGGCUUGUUGUCAACCCAGGAAUUAUUAAGGUGGGCCACUGUGACAGAGGCAGGCUGACCAAUCAAAUUCGAAAGCAUAAAUCUGUCUCCAUUCAUUCUUAAAACUCGACUUUGAACCUCAGUGGAGGUUCUAUGCACAGAUCGAGGAGCAGAAGAAGCCUCUUAAAAAUCCUGUAAAACUUCUUUGUCUGUCACCAUAGCUGGCCUUUGAAAUUUUACAGUUUGCCAUCAAAAUAGCAAAAGCAAUUUUUUUUUUCAAGAAAAUCAGUCCUUGCACAAUCUGUGCUUUGUUAACAAGUCAGACCCACAGUUGUGGCUCACACCUUCCAUCCUGUCUUCUUCUUGAACAUUCAGAGAAGAACCACAUGCCGUGUACAUCCCUUUGGAGUAAUGAACAAACACGAACAUUCCAUAAGGGCUAGCCGAAGGUUCUAUCACUUACCCUUCCGACUGUCCUUCAUUUAUUUACUUCACUAUUUACUAGGCUGAAAGCCUUUUGUGAGGCCAUCAUGUACUUCAGCUCUGGGUGCGCUGAUUUCCCAAAGGGCAUUCCAUUGCCCCCAGAACAGUAGUCAACAUGGAUUCACAAAUUCCCCAAUUUAGUCAUUGUUAACGUUGGUUGUAUCGUAUGUGGUGCUAUAAAGGGGUCUCAGAAAAGAGUAAAACAUUGCCCUUGACUGAAUGAGUGUAAGACCUAGAAAGUGUACUCAAAGAAAUAACUAACAACACAUUGAGGGUGGCAUUAUAAGAUCUAGAUUGGAAAGAAUCCUUAGACAUCAGUAAGACCAACCCCCUCAUUUUACAGAUGAGGAAACUGAUGCUCAAAGAGGCUGCCCACAGAAGAGUAAUAAGUAGAAGAGCCAGAAUUAAAAACCCAGGCCUCUGACUCCAAAUUCACCAUUUGGUUUGGUUCUGGACAGCAGGGAGGAGGGAGAGGGCUUGGGAAAGCCAAGUUCUAAAUGGCGGCAUAGAAAAUAUGCAGUACAGAGGUUAAGAUCACAGAAUCGUAAGAUCGAUCACAGAUUUAGAGCUGGAAAGGACCCUCUAGGUGAUAAAAUCCAACUCCCUAAUUUUCAGAUGAAGAAACUGAGUCACAGAGAGGUUACAAGGUUUGCUCAGGAUAACACAGCCAGUGAGAGGUCAUGAAUUGGCAUGAUCAGAGGAAAGAUUCGUGGAUGAACUGGGACUAUAUAACUAUAAGAAUAAAGUACAGCUAUAAAUACAUAAUAAUCCACAUGACAAAGUUCCUUGCAUAUUUGGCAAUGGGUGGCACCUUAAAAAUUAUCCAUUCCUCUUCUCUCAUUUCACCAAUGGGGAAACUGAGACCCAGGGAGGUUAAGCAAACCGCCUAGCAUCCAUCAUGCAGAUAAGAAGUAAUAGAACAAGAUUUGAACCCAGGUCAUAUGGCUCCAAAGCUAGGGCUCAUUUUCCAGCAUUGCGCUGGCAUCCUAUUGACUGAAGUAAUAGGAGAGCCAGGAUUUGAACCCGGGCUGUCUGAUACCAAAUCCAGUACUCUUUCCAUGAUAAUACACUACAUGCAGAUAUUAUGAUGCUCAUUUUACAAGAUGAGGCAAUGGAAACCCAGCGGUGUUGAGCUGACUCUCCCAGAAUGACCGAGAUUUGGACUCAAACCCAACUCUUCUGACUCCUAGUCCUCAUGCCAAGAUACCGAUAAAAAAGAGAGCUAGCAAAAGGAGGGAAGUUGUUUGAGCUUUAGAGCAGCUUUCUUCCUGCUGGCUUCCAUUUAGAGUUUCUUUCCCUUACCUUGUUUACAAUGCUAAAAAAAUGAAGAAAGAUUGUCGCCACUUAUCCCAGAAGGUGAAAGGUUUGUGUGUGUGUGUGUGUGUGUGUGUGUGUGUGUGUGUGUGUGUGUGUAGCUUCGAAUUGCAUCCCAGCAAUGGUGGAUUUUGUACAUUAUCCUGAAGGAUUGCACUUGAACUAUACAGCCCUCAGCACCUGCUCCACUAAUCAUGUGCGAAGGCUGGGUGAGGAAAUCAGCUAAAUCAUUCUGUGACAAUACUGUCCUUCCCAAACAGAAACAAUUAAGUUUCCCUAAAGCCCAGUCUUUAUAAACUAUACACCCAGGAAACAUCUGGUUUAAUCUUCAGCAUGCAAGUGAUUCAGAGUGCUGAAAAGCUACUAUUAACCUUUUUGACAUUUCAAAUGGACUAUAAACUUAAUAGAUGUGUACAGGCAAGAUACCUGCAACCCUAAUGUUCUGUGUAAAAAUACAUCUAUUGUCAGGGAGGAAGGGGCCUGUUGUAAAAGAAAUAGAUGAGUUGAAUGUAAGGGAAUGUGGUUAUGGCCAGGACACGGCCCUGAGCAAACCAAUUCCAACUGGUGAACCUCAGUGGAUUCGAUGUCCUUUAAUGCACUGGGGUCAAGCAGAAGAUUAGUAGUUGCCCCAUUCAAUACUGCAGAUUGCAAUGCAGCAAGGCCUUGCAUAGGGUCAUCUUAAGACCUAACAUCACAGCACUACCUUAGAGGCUACCAUAUUUUGUUUGCACGUUCUAGAACCACUAUAAGGGAUAUGUUUUUUUAAAAAAAAAAGCACCAUAGCCUGAGGGAUUAGGCCCCAUGUAUGAUAUCCUUUUCUUAAAUCAAGUUUCAAUCUCUAGACAGUUCAUCUCUUUCAGACUUUCUAAAUUGUUUUAAUGUUUCAUUAAUUACCAGCUUUCCACAAAUUCAUAGGAGUAUUCCUGCAACUACAGACAUGUCAAUAGGAUAGACAUUAUAAACAAUAGUUAGAUAAUUUAUACUCCUGAGAUCCAAGAUUCCACGUAGAGACAAUAGUUUUUAUUUCCAAGCUCUGUAAUGCCAUCAAUUUUGGGCACACCCUCCUUUGAUGCAGAUUGCAAUCCCUUCCACACCUUGGUAAAUGAUUUCAUGAAUUUCUGUCCUCCCCCCCCCCAAAAAAAUUUAAUGUUUCAUCUGGUGAUGAAAUUUGUGGCACUGAGCUUCUCUGAAUUGCAGUAGUCUUUGGUUGACUGACAGAGUUGGUGACCAGGCUCAUAUUCAGACUUUUCAGCUUGAGUGGAAUCUUCAUGAGUUUGGGCUUCAUUAGCAGAGCUUGGAGUCUGGGGUCCCAUCCACACCUGGAUGACUUAAUGGAAGGAAGAAUUUAUACCACCUAAUUAUAAGCCCAGGGAUAUAGAGCUGGAAAGGACCUUGGAGACCAUCUUGUCCAGCCAUUCUACAGAUAUAUAAAUUAGUCAUUUUCAUACACACACAUUUCUUUCCCCAGGCAGCUACUCACAUUUAUAUAGGCCAGGAAGAAUUCCAGCAUGCCAACCAAAAAAGGCACCUCGGAUGGAAUUUCUCUGACUGAACACGUAAUCUUAAGGGCUAUAUUAUUGAUAUAUUUUUAUGUUGGCUCUUUUGUAUGUAUUUGAAUCAUAGAUACUCAAUGAUUUUCAACUGUUAAAACAAAAAAGAUGGAUGAAAUCCCAAUGAAUUGUGUAAUGAAUAAAAUAACCUUUUUUUUUAAAAAAAGCCUUAUAUCAUGGCAUUUUGGUAAAUGGGCACCACUUUCCCUGGCCACCAUUCUCUUGCUUCAUUAAGAAGAUGUUAAAGGGCAUUUUAGAUGGGCCAAAUAAGACACAGCAACAUAGAUUAAGGAUUUUUUCUUUUAACUUUUACAAAGUAUCUCCUGAAGUCCAUUCCCAAGAAGCUAUUUGCAGAGUAUAAGUAGGUAUGAUCUAGUCCUGUGCCUGAAAAAUGAAGAUCAGAGAUCUAGAAUUCACCCAAGAAGAUAAUUCAGCAGCCUCUUUCAAAAGGGAGUAUAAAUUGGUUUCUGCUUUUCUGUGCCAUAACUUGUUUCUAAUGAUGGCUACAUCAAUUAAGGUUAGAAAGUUUAACCAUAUGAAUAAUAUAUUUUUAGGUUAAUUCUUUGAAGACUCUUUAAACUUUUCCAUUAUACUAUUUGAAAUUUAUUUUUAGCUUAAAAUGAAAGGCCUAUUUGUUGGAGAAAUGAAAAUACUAGGCUGGGAUGAUCAUUUUGAACCCUGCUGACCAAAUGCCUUUACUGUACCAGUUCAGGGUUUGUAUGUUUGUGUGUGUGUGUGUGUGUGUGUGUGAGAGAGAGAGAGAGAGAGGCAGACAGAGAGAGAGAGAGGUA